AUGGCCUCCUCCUUCUUCUCCCUCGAAGGCCAAACAGCCCUCGUAACAGGCGGCACCCGCGGCAUCGGCGCCGCCGUAGCCGUGGGCCUCGCCGAGGCCGGCGCGGACGUUCUCCUCGUCCAGCGCGACGAGUCCUCCCAGUCCACAAAGCAAGCCAUCGAGAAGCUCGGCCGCAAGGCGACAAUCUACACGGCCGACCUGAGCUCGCAGGAGAGCGUCGCCGCGCUGGUGCCCAAGGUGCUCAAGGACGGCCACGAGAUUCGUAUCCUCGUCAACUGCGCGGGUAUCCAAAAGAGGCAUCCAUGUGAAAAGUUCCCCGAUGAGGACUUUAAUGCCGUCAUGCAAGUCAACCUCAACUCCGUCUUCACAAUCACCCGCGACGUCGGAGCCCACAUGCUCACCCUCGCCCCGCACCCGACCACAGGCCGCAAAGGCUCCGUCAUCAACUACGCCUCCCUCCUCACCUUCCAGGGCGGCUUCACCGUGCCCGCCUACGCCGCCUCAAAGGGCGCCGUCGGUCAGCUGACAAAAUCAUUCGCCAACGAGUGGACCGCGAAAGGUAUCACUGUGAACGCCAUCGCCCCGGGGUACAUUGAGACGGAGAUGAACACGGCGCUGUUGAACGAUAAGGAGCGCCUGGCGAGCAUCAGUGCGAGAAUCCCCGCGGGCAGGUGGGGCACGCCUGAGGACUUCAAGGGCACGUCGGUAUACCUUGCGAGUCGGGCGAGUGGGUAUGUGAGUGGGCAUGUUUUGGUUGUUGAUGGUGGCUGGAUGGGUCGGUAG